GUGUCUAAUAGGUACUGGUUAGCCGCUGUGGAGUCCGAAUAACUCCGCUAGCAACUCCGCUAUUCUGACGUUUAGUGAUCGGUUUUGUCCACCAAGCCUUAAAGUCAUCCGAUAUUCCCCUUAAUUACAUCCAUCCAAGGCAUUUAAAUAGGAGAGCUCACGCUAUCUCAAGGAAGACACAGAAAUCCCAUUAACACGGGCUUGAGAUACCAAAUAUUCUCAUUUUCAAGUAGACUUCAUAUCUCUAUCUCAUAAAAAUCAUGGCGACCAAGAACCAACCCCCAGUCAUCACAGUCCUAGGCUCCUUGAACAUGGACCUAGUCUCCUACGUACCACAUCACCCCCUCCCAGGCGAAACCCUAACAUCAACCCGCUUCUCCGUAUCCCCCGGCGGCAAAGGCGCCAACCAAGCCGUAGCCUGCGCAAAGCUCUCACGGUCAUCCCACCCCACCAGCACCGAGAACCCCACAGCCAACAUCCGAAUGAUCGGCGCCGUAGGCCAGGACACAUACGGCACACAACUAAAAACCAAUCUCUCCUCCCACGGCGUCGACAUCUCCAGCAUCCUAUCCCCAGAAUCUCUCAAAACCGGCAUCGCUAUAAUCCUAGUCGACGAGCCCACAGGUCAAAACCGCAUCGUCCUCUCCCCAGAAGCAAACCACAGUCUCCAAGCCUCCUCCUUCAACACUCAACAGUCUCUUGGCUCCCCACUACCAGAUUUAUUAAUCAUGCAACUCGAGAUCCCACUCCCUACCGUAGUAUCCGCGUUACGCACCGCUAGGACCGCAGGUGUAAAGGUCCUACUAAACCCCGCGCCAGCACAGGAAUUACCUGCGGAAGCGUAUGACGGACUAGCGCAUCUCGUCGUUAAUGAAACUGAAGCCGCGAUAUUGGGCGGCGUAUCAGAAUCUGACCUCGAUACCGAGGCCGGACUUGAGGCUGUGGGGAAGACGUUUAUCUCGCGAGGCGUGUUGAAUGUGAUUAUUACGCUAGGAGGACGGGGUGUAUUUUAUAUGAGCGCCCAUGGGAAUAAGGGCUUAGUCCCGGCUGAGAAGGCUAAGGUUGUGGAUACUACGGCGGCGGGGGAUACGUUUGUAGGCCGGUACGCUUUGGAUGUUGUAUCGGGAAAUUUCCAAAUAGAGGAUGCGGUUAAGAAGGCGAAUCGCGCCGCGGCGAAGACAGUAGAGAGGCUAGGAGCACAGGAUUCGAUUCCUUGGCGUGAUGAGUUGUGAUGGGUUGGACGUGACGAUGAUUAAGUUGCAUAAAAAGGGUAGAUAAAAAAUAACG